AUGCCAUUGGAGUAUUCAUUUCCGUUUGGUCCUCCGGGCCAAUGGACCGCUCGUACAGCUCCAUGUACCGGCCCGCCAAUGCGGCCAAUUCAGCGCCAGAUGAUGGCGGCAGCUGACCUGUGCUGCUUCGCGCCAAACUCGCCGUACUUGGACCCACGCUAUUCGCACGACAAUCGCUCUGCUGGCUCUCCCAGCUGGAUCUCGCGAAGUUUGCGGGCGCUCCGUAGAACGCCGAUACUCCGCGACUCUUCCGCUUAA